AUGCGCUACAUCGUCCUCACCUUGGCCGCCGGCGCUGCUGCCGCUCCCUUUGCUAUGACUGAAACCAGCCUCUGCCCCGCCGGGUUGUACAGCAACCCUCAAUGCUGCGCAACUGACGUACUUGGUGCCAUCGGCCUGGACUGCGCAGUCCCGGCCACUACUCCCGCCAACGUCGACGCCUUCAUCAGCGGCUGUGCUGCAGGCGGCCAGCAGGCAAAGUGCUGUGUGAUUCCCGUCGCUGGCCAGGAUCUUCUAUGCCAAGAUGUCAAGGGAAGCGGUGGUGGUGGCGGAGGUGCCCCAGGUACCACUGCUACUGGUGGAGGUGGAGGUGCACCUACGAGCGUGCCUGGUGGUGGUGGUGGCGGUGCUACCUCCACUUCCUGUGAAUCUAGCGCUGUUGUGACGCCGGCUCCUCAGCCUACUAAGCCUGCUCCUUCUUACCCUACGACUACUUCUGACUGCGGAUGUGGCAAGUAG